AUGGCCGUGCCCUCAGGGCAGUUCGAAAUCAACCCUUCGGGAAUCAUCUCGCUCCCAAUCCUCGCCAUCGUGUUGAUCCCUUGGCUUUUCAUUCUUUUCAUCCAAUUGCUUCCUAAGGGACCAAUCAUUAAGGGGGUCCCAGGCUCGUUCCUGGACUUGUUCCUCUGCGGUUCUGCCACCAAGUUCGCCUUUCUGUCCGGUCGGAGUGCCCACUACUUUCACUCGUUGCACGAAUCAUAUGGCAAGAUCGUACGGUUUGCUCCGGGCCAGGCGACUACAAAUACCAUCAGAGGCCUGCGCAACAUUUAUGGUGCUGGCUCGGGAAAAGGUACCGCCUUCCUUAAGACCGGUUUCUACAAGGGUAUCUCGAGACGGAAUAUCUUCACUGCGAGUGACCCUGUCUACCAUGCUUCUGUACGGAAGCUGUUCGCUCCUUCUCUUAGCCCCGGCAGCAUGCAGGCCCAUGCAGGUGUCAUCAGAGAGCGAAUCUUGCAUUUGCACGCCACGAUGAAGGAGAAAAUGGAAAAGACAGACACACUCUCCUUGAACCAGCUGCUCUACUGCCACUCCGUCGACACUGUGUCCGAAGUGCUGCUUGGCAAGCCUUUGGGUUGUCUGAAGCGCGGAAAGCCCUACUUCUGGACCGAGCAAUUGCCUCGUAUCUUCUACUGGAGCACCAUCCGUGAUCAGUUCAAGGGGUCAGGAGUCCCCACCAUGAUCAAGUGGAUGCUUCGCCAUUUGAUUCGCAAGGGUGUUCGCCAGUCUGCAGAACAGGCAAGAAUGAGACUGAUCAAUGAACAGCUUGGCGCGUCUCAUACCCGUCGGGACGUCAUGGUCGAGGUAAUGGAGCGGGCAGGCACAGGUGACCUGCCUGUUCCUGAGAUUGCCGAGAAUUUCUCCGCGAUCAUGCUGGCUGGAUUUCAUACCACACAGAAUGCUCUCUGUGCAACCAUCUAUUUCGUUCUGACCCAUCCUGAGGUGCAUGCCAAAUUGAACCAGGAGCUGCGCUCGGUCUUCACGUCGGCGGAGGAUGUUUCAGGGCACGUUGCACAAGACCUACCAUAUCUGAACGCUGUCAUCACAGAAUCGCUCCGUUUGUAUCCUCCUGUUCCAGUUGGAGGCCCGCGUGUUUCACCCGGAGCCUAUGUGGAUGGGACUUAUAUCCCGGCCGGAACUGAGAUCUGCACUUCGAUCUUCGCCUUGCACCACAACCCCGAGUAUUUCAAUGAGCCCUAUGAGUUUAUUCCUGAACGAUGGACAGAGCCAGAUUGCACAGACAAGAAGGAGGCUGUCCAACCUUUCUUGGUGGGCAGCCGGUCCUGCGUCGCCAAGUAUUUUGCCAAACAGAUGAUGCAGCUGACCCUCGCUGCAUUUUUCCUGGACUUUAAUGCGGAAUAUGUCGGCCCUGUGAAAGACUGGCAACGCGAGAGUCGCUGCUAUGCUUUCUGGGAACUUCCCGACUUGAAGCUGAAGCUUCGAAAGCGUGAGAUUGAUUAA